AUGUUCCCUACAUUCACGGGGUCUUCCCGCCGACCCCGGAACGUUAACCUAAGCGGACAGCGCAACGCAAAUCCUUGGGCUAGCUCAAGCCGCACACCCGGAUUGUCCGGUGCCUCUAAAACUGUCGCCCAGGCCCAGGUUGAGCGCGAAAGGAGACACCGUGAACGAGAAGAAUUAGCCGCCUCAAAGCGUCUUCAAAAGGUGUGGCGGGGCCACUGGGAUCGCCGAUGCCUCCGGGACUUACGACGACUAGAAUAUGAUGCUAUAUACAGACAUCCUAUCGUUCCCGAAAAUUGUCAGCAACGAAUAAAACAAGCAUAUCCACUCCUACUUGCCAUUUUCUUGCCAACCAGUUCCGACGACCAGCGGCGUCUGGAACUAUUUAUCUCAGAUCUCCUGGCCCUCUCUCCAAACCCAAGCCAGCCAGUUGACUUCAGCAUAUUCGACGCCAUCUCGUGGGAUCGGUUGGCUCGCCUCUCUGUGAAUGCUCUAGAUAAGCAUGAUGAUGGUUCAUCUCAGAAACUUCUCAUCGCUUUGACCGAUAUCGUUAAGCGAAGGCCCAAUUCCAUUAAACCUGUACUAAAACUAUACUACUCUACCCUCGCGCGACUUGCGGAUAGGAUAUCGUCAAUCAAUCUUCCCGAUGGGUAUGGCCGGACUCUGCUCGAGGCUGUGGCGGCCCCAUUAGCAUCAAAUAAAGAUACCAGAGCAUAUGAUGGGGAAGCAUAUCAGACAUUUGCCUAUACUUUCUUGACUUCUUCGAGGUCGGGGUUUUUGCGAGAUAAUCCCGAAGAUAUUGUCCAACUUCUAAACCUUGAGGCCUUAUCGCAAAGUAUCCUGCAGGCGUUCUCGACUCCCAGCUUUCUUAGUACUGUGACAAGGGACGACCUACUCUGGCUCCUUGCCCACUUUAUUAAAUUAAAUAGUGUGGCAUCUGCAUCUCAGGGUUCCAGAUAUCUCGAAGCUCUGAAUCAACAAAUGUCGUUUCUUGCAGCUGACAUUAGAUCACGUAUGAACCCCCCAGAAGAAAGUGACGAUGAAUACGCAUCAGAUCCGGAUGAAGAUAUGAUAAUUUCGGGUAUCACGCCAUUACCCGAGUACGUGAUCAGUCAACUUGAAAUCCUAGUUAGCGAGGAUGGCAUUACGGAUCUUUUAAACAGAUUUGCGAUCACUACUUCAACUACCCAUGGUAUCUCAGAAGAUACAAGUCUGCUUGCAGGAUAUACCCUCGUCCUACUACGGUGUUUCCCUACUCAUGGUGAUGAUAUCAAGAUGCGUCUCUUCCAGGGUGAUAUCCAGACUUUUGAAGGCGAGAACAAGCUCGCUUCGCCCUCCAUCAAGUUUUUGUGGAGAGUAGCAUCUAAAACCUCCAUUUUCACGAGCAUAGUACAGCAAGCGAAAGCCAAAGAGAGAUCUGUUUCCGUUCUACCGCUAUUAGAACGAGAUUUUAUACUAGACCUAGAGUGGAGGACCCUGAUUCUCUUUCUAGAGCUCUAUAAUUUCUUGCUUCGAGUCACUGAUGAUGAAGACUUUUUACCCCACGAAGCCGAUAUAGGGACACAGCAGAGUCAGGCAACACAAAGGAUUCGCUCCAGUAACCUGAAUUUUGAAGAACUUAAACUUCUCGUCACCUUCCUUAAACACUUGACAUUCCCGUUAUAUUACAAUCAACAUGAAAUUAUGCAACCCAAGCCGACGUCCGAACUGCAAGAUACCACGAGGGGUGGUGGUUCAACGAGAUCUUUGGGCGAUGCGAAAAAUAAUUCUGCAUCAUUUGCUGGUAUUGUUGGCCUGGAUGUUUUUGGCCUCAGAGAUGUAACGUCAUCCUCUAUCCGCGCUUUGUACGAGAGGGAUUCACGACGACCGUUCCUUCCUCGUGGCUUUUGGCUUAUGACUGCAAAAUUUGACAUGGAUGUAUUUAUGAAGGCCGUCGUAGUGGAAGGAUUACAAGAAGACGAGGAGUCUGAUGACGAUGAUGAAGACCCUUCAUCGACUCUCUCUGAUAACGUUAUCAACAACCGGCUUACCCAACCUACAGCUCGUCGCCGACUACAAACAACCCAGUCGGAGCAGUUUCGAUACUCAAUUGGCCCGAAGCUCGAGAUUCUUCGGAAUAUGCCAUUCGCAAUCCCGUUCGAAAUGAGGGUUCAAAUAUUCCGGCAAUUCAUUCAUCUGGACAAAUCAAAGCGACGAGGUGGUCACGUCAACCCGGAUCAAUGGCGACUUGCGAUAUUAUCAGGUGGUGAUGCCAGGAGGGAAUCAUUGGGCCGCCACACCGCUACAGUCGCACGUGGAAGAGAAUUUGAAGACGCAUUUAGUCAAUUCUACACGUUGGGCGAGGGCCUCAAAGAGCCUAUUCAAAUCACCUUUGUGGAUCAGUUCAACCAGCCAGAAGCUGGCAUCGAUGGCGGAGGUGUGACGAAAGAGUUCCUAAUCAGCGUCACUAACGAUGCUUUCAGCCCAGAACGUGAUGAUCAGACUUAUUUCGUCUCCAAUGAUCAAAACAUGCUCUAUCCCAACCCAUCAAUUAUCGAUGACCUGGAGGCGAAGAUGAGACAUUACGGCUUCCCACCUGGGGGUCAAGAAUGGAGGGACACCGUGGGUGAUGUAUUAAAGAAAUAUGAAUUUAUAGGCCGUAUAGUUGGGAAAUGCUUGUACGAAGGGAUCUUAAUCGAUAUCUCGUUCGCCAGCUUUUUUCUUCUCAAGUGGGCUUCCUCCGGGCAGAGUACUUCGACAGACUACCGGGCCAAUCUCAACGACUUACGGGAUCUUGAUCCUAUGCUUUACCAGGGGCUUCUGACUAUGAAGAACUACCCCGGGGAUGUAGCGGACCUCGCAUUAGACUUCACGAUCGCCGACACAGUGUGGCAUCCCUCUGGUAAUCGACGCACUAUCGCACGUCCAUUGAGGAGAGACGGUGCCAAUAUACCAGUCACCAAUAAGGAUCGCCCACUCUACAUAUCAUAUGUCGCAAACCAUAGACUUGUCGCACAACAGUACAAGCAGGCGAAAGCGUUUCUUCGCGGAUUAGGCGCCAUCAUCAACCCUUCUUGGCUCUCCAUGUUCAACCAGUCCGAACUCCAGCGCCUCAUCGGCGGCGACAGCUCCGAGAUAGAUGUGGAGGAUCUCAGGAAGAACACCUUUUAUUCCGGUCUCUACACGAUAGGCGACGACGGGCAAGAGCACCCUACGAUCCGCUUCUUCUGGGACGUCAUGCGAACACUAAAGGACUCGGAGCGCAGAGACGUGCUGAAAUACGUCACGUCCACGCCGAGAGCACCCCUCCUCGGCUUCUCGCAGCUCAAGCCCCAGUUCAGUAUAAGGGAUGGCGGCCCCGACGAGGAACGACUCCCCAGCACGAGCACCUGCGUCAAUCUGCUCAAACUUCCGGUGUAUAAGUCGGCUGCCACGUUGAAGGCCAAACUGCUGUAUGCAGUGCAGUCCGGUGCGGGUUUCGACCUCAGCUAA